AUGACGAGAUGGGAUCAGUUGCAUGAACGAUACUUCAGCUAUCUUGCUAUUUUGUCUUUCGACAAAGCCAAAGAACUUUUAGAUAAAGAAGGCGGCCGAAUGAGCAGUGAUUUUCUUCCCUAUUUGCAAAUGUUAGUGCAAUAUGAACGCAGCUAUCACAAUUUCGGUUUUAUUGUUGGACCAAAGGGAAAUUUGAGUAACGUUCGACGUGACAAAUCUCUUAGUCAAUGUUAUUCCGACCUUCAUAUGUCAUUAAUUGAAGUUCAAACAAACGGCAAAUCCAAUAUUUCUACACAAGCAUCGGCUGACGAAGUCAAAGAAAUAAAUUAUAUCGAACAACUAACAGCUGGUUUGAUCACAUUCUUCAGUAUUCGAACAAGUCUAAUGAAAUUAUAUGAACAAAUAUCUACUGCAGUCCGACGUAAUGAACAUAACGUUCGACUCGAAGGUUAUCUUGACGAAGCAACGAGCAUAUCUCAACUUGAUAUGUCUGCAUUGAACAUCCCUGUUCUUCACUCACUUCGUCGAUUAUUAAAACAUGAAAUCGAUUGCUUAUUGUUAUUAAUUCAAUCGUAUGUAUAUAUUUGUGAAUAUCAAUAUAUGGAUGGAAUAUCCUCAUUGCAUCAUAUGCAUUGCGUAUUGAGCAAUUGGAAUGAAAACAUUGAAAAUCAACAGAACGCCAAUCACCGGUUUACAUUGUCAAGUUCCAGCGCAUUGAGUUUUUUCAAAUCAUCAACGAAGCCAGCACUUUACACGUUCUUUUUGAAAUUUCACGAGUUAUUAGUAGCCAAAUUCACGCUCUAUUUUACGGAUAUUCUGUUAGAAUACGGCGGACCAGAAGCAAAAACGCCGAUGAGUAAAACUAAUCCAGAAUUUUCUACGCGCAUAGCACAAUUCUCUCGACGUUCGAAUGUCGAAUGGAUCACACUGAUAUUACAUACAAAGACGCAACGUACAUGCUCCAGUCAAUUUCAACCAAUCAAUAAUAAUAAUUCUCUGGCAUCGGCAACAAGCGGAGACGAUAGUGCGUAUCGAAUUAUAUUCGGCUAUCCGUCGAAGUUACAUUCGACUGACGACAUUGCUCAACAGAUUCUUAAAAAAGUGGAAAUUAAUACUGAAACACUUAUCAACGGAGAAAAAAUGUUUUACAAUGGCGAUGCGAAUCAAUUAAAGACAUAUUUCCUGCAGAAUAUCGAUCCAAGAAUAACUCUCGCACUUGUUUUUGCGUCUCAUCGCCAAGAGCGUGAUACAACUAUAACAAAUUUUCUCAGUGAAUUGCUGGAUUUAUUGCGCGGUUCACGGCAAUUACUGUAUUUUAAAACUGCGCCAAAAUAA